AUGGCACGGCCACAGCAACGGUAUCGCGGCGUGCGACAACGCCACUGGGGCUCCUGGGUGUCCGAGAUCCGCCACCCGCUCCUCAAGACGAGGAUCUGGCUAGGCACCUUCGAGACGGCGGAGGACGCGGCGCGCGCCUACGACGAGGCUGCUCGCAUCAUGUGCGGCGCGCGCGUGCGCACCAACUUCCCCGACGACGCCGGCGGCACCCCGCCAUCGUCGUUCCUCUCCCCGGCGCUCGUGGCCAAGCUUCACCGCUUCAACAUGGCGUCGGGUUCGCAGGCCGCGGAGCAACGGGAGAAGGGCGCCUCGUCGACGGCGUCCGUGGAGGCGCGCGCGGCGGCGGCGGCAUCGUUCGCUGGCAUGGGCUAUGCCAGUGCGCCGUCGGCGGAGGCGGCGGCGGCAGCGGGGUGGAGCGGCGGGUUCCUGGAGGAGCAGUACGUGGAGCAGAUGAUCGAGGAGCUGCUGGACUCCAACUUCUCCAUGGAAAUCUCCUACUAG